CACGGACAAACCCCUUCUUCCUCUCCAAGCAAAAACACUUUCCCCUUCCAAAAUCCCCCCAAAACCUCCAUUCUACGGUUUCUUCCCUGCUCCUCAAUUUCACGCCUCCUCUGUUUAAUCUCCGGCUUCCUUCAAUCAUCCCGUUCGACCUUUUCGUCAAUUGGUUACUAUGUUGUUGUCUAGGGUUUUGUCUCGCGUCGCUGGGAACGGCGGCGGCCGACGCUCCCUGCUUCUUAUCUCCUCUGCCUCCACCAAACAGCAACAGAUUUCUGGAGUCCAACCUGUUAUUCAUCAGGGUCUCGAGCAUGUGUCCGGGUUUCAUCAAUCAGCCUUCAAUUCUUUUCCCUUUGGGAAAUUUGGAUUUGCUUCAUCUGCUUCACCCGAGCAAACAGAAAAGGAACAAGGUGCUACACAGAGCAAUGACCAAGGGAAAAUAAACGGAGAUGCGGACUCAGGUGCUCUUUCAGAAGAUUCAGUGUCUAGAGAGAGCAAAGAGCCAGGUUCUGAUUCAGAAUCUCAAGCAACUGAGUCUGCACGUGCUAAAAGGAGAAGGGGUAGUACUAAACGAACUGCAUUUUCUGAUUCAGAUUCGGAGGAGGAUGCUGAUGAUCUGACCAGGGAUGACUUGUUGAAGCUUGUUGUUGAGAAGGAUGAGCUUUUGCAGUCGAAGCAGGAAGAGUUCCAGAUGAUGAAAGAUAAAUUCCUCCGUGCCUUGGCAGAGAAUGAGAAUGUCAUGGAAAGGACUAAACGUGAAGCGGAGAACUCUAAAAAGUUUGCCAUUCAGAAUUUUGCAAAAGGUCUGCUGGAUGUUGCAGACAACUUGGGAAGGGCUUCUUCAGUUUUCAAAGAGAGUUUUGCGAAGAUUGAUACAUCUAAAGACAGUGCUGGAGUGGUGCCACUUGUGAAGUCGCUUUCAGAAGGAGUCGAUAUGACAGAGAAACAACUUGGGGAGGUAUUUAAGAAGUUUGGUCUGGAAAGAUUUGAUCCAACAAAUGAGCCUUUUGAUCCACAUAGACAUAAUGCUAUGUUUCAAGUACCCGAUGCUUCUAAACCUCCAGGCACAGUUGCACAUGUUCUGAAGGCAGGAUACAUGCUCCAUGAACGGGUGAUUCGACCAGCAGAAGUCGGUGUUACUCAAUCAGUAGAGAAUGAAGCAGAGGCGGACUCUUAAGCGAAAUGAUCCAAUUGUCAUGAUAAAAGAAGCAGACUCUUGGGAGAAACUGUUCUUGUCAUCCGGUGUUCGACAUCAUUCAGGCAUUUGUCUGUUUUAUUUAUCUGGGAUAGUUUAUAAGAUGCUGGGAAGCUAUGAUGAGAAGAUGCUUCUUCUCGUUGUGCCUGGAAAUGUUGUAGAUUUGAGGGGUUUCUGUUGCGUGCUUCCUUCCCCAAAUUGUUGAAGAGAGAUUCAUUUUAGUAUUUUUUUCUCCCCUGUUCUAACAACUUGUAACUCGUUGGUUGCGAGCAUAUUACGGUGUAUGGGUAUGGCUUAAGUUGUAUACAAUAAGAAUUACCUUGGUCCCUCUGCAACAACAGGGUUAGCCCAUCAUGUAAGUCAUGCUGCUGUUACCGUGAUGCAAGUGAGGGAUAAACUAAGAUGAAAUAACUACUGCGAUACUUACAGAGGGAUCACUGAAAUGUUUAGUCUCGAGACUUCAGAUAGAUACAUACUAACACCGAACAACAUCGACAAUGACAAGCUACGACUGGUUUCUGCCUAGGCGGGUUGUUAACACAGAGCUACAAGCCAUAUACAAUACGAUAUAAUGACGAGUCUCGAGUCUUCUCGUUCUGACGAGACUACCACUACUGCUACUGCCAGAAUUGAUCCCUCGCAACCUUCUGUAAAGGCAGCCACAACUUCCUGGUGUCUAACCAAAAGCCCAUGCCCUGCUUGAAUUUGCCGCCUCCUCCAUUGCUUCCUCCUUGUGCUCGCUGGGGGACUCUUUGUCCUCGUUGUCUUGGCCUUUCGAGCAUAGCCCCAGGUCCAGGGUACCGCCAUCAUCCGGAUCCUGUGCCUUUUCCUUCAUAGUCUCAUCAUCAUCCUCCGGCACAUCAUUCUCAGAAGCAUUGGACUCACUAAUCUGAUUCCCCUCACUUUCUUUGACCUCAACAUCAACGCUUUUCGCCGCCUUCUUUCUCUCCUCCAGCGCUGCAAUCGGAGUGUAGCGGAACUUCCGCCUGGGAGGCUCCUCCGCGGCGGAAGAUUCGUCGUCGCCUGCGCCUCCUCCGACACCGACAGCGAGAGGGGUCCAUCGACAGAGCAAGAGGCGAGAGCUCUCGUUGCUGCUGUUGUUGCUCAGCGCGGCGCUGUGGUGGCCGUUGGAGCGAGAGCUGUUGUUAUUAGCGGCCGGCGGUGGAGAAACGUGGACCCACUUCUUCUUCCACUUCCUCACCGGACCGUUGAACACGUUCGCCGUCGCCGACGGGCCGUACCGAGACGAAGCGCGGCCGAGCCGAGACCCCACGCCUUCCAUGUUUUUACCCCCCUUUCUGUUUCUUCUCUCGCUCGCUGGGUUCGAGUGAAACCUAGUGGGAGCUAACGAAAUAGAGAGCUCCGG